UCUUCCAUACAUGGUACAGAUUAUGAAGUUGAUCACACCUUACCUAGAGAGGCUAGAGGAGAAGAUUGAUAAGUUGCAAACGGCACGGGACAACACAAGACCCUUUGGCUUUCCCAUACAUGACCAGUUCCAUAUCCAUUCUCCGGCUCAUCAUUUUGCUGACAAUGUACAAGAUCUUGAUCUUGGUUUGAAUCAACCAUUCACGUCUCUUGAGCAAAUGGGAAGUCCAAGGAUAAUCAAUCCAACCUCACAAAGAACCCAAACAGAGCAACAAGAGAUCAACAAGAAGAUGGCCGCUGUCGACGAUUUGUUGCACAUUGACAAUCACCAUCAAGUAUCAGUUACUGAUGUCAUUGGCAAAGUUGCAAAUGAAUCUCUUCAAUCCGUAUUAGCACAACGUAAUGAAGAGUGUCAUGCCAAUAACGAGAAUGAUCCUGUGAACAAUAAGGAGUUGAAUCAGGAUGACCCAUUGACUAGUAAGGAGUUGAAUGAGGAUGCGCGUGACAAUGAUGAGGAGUUGAAUGAGGAUGCGCGUGACAAUGAAGAGGCCGCUGCUGGAGGAGGACCAAGGAGGAUGAGGAGUUUAGGACACCGAACUCAUAUUCCAUCUGCAGCAGUAUUUUCGGGAGAUUUCGUGUCUGGUACAAACCAAAGGGUCACAGGUCCGGUUAAUGACAUCACUGCGUUCGUUAAGAGAUGGAAAGAUUUGAGAGACGAGGCUAAUCCAGGACAAGUCAUGAUUACCUGCGAUGGCAGGAGUGCAACCCAAAGAGACUGCUAUGGGGUCUUGCAUACAAGAGCGAGGGUCAGUGCUGACUAUGUAAGGAUGGCUUCGGAGAUGUAUAUGAAAAAGUGGGCAAUGGAUUACGAAGGCAAGAGUCGGAGAAUUAUGCUUGACCCAACAUUUGCGAUUUUUGUUCCUGUAUUGGACGAUGACCAUUGGUGGUGUGCUGCAUUUGAGUUGAAGGAGAAGACCAUAUGGUUUAUGGAUACUAUGUACCCCAACCCCGAAGAGAAGCAUAAGUCUAUUCUGAAAAAUAUGGUAUGUUUUGCUUCCAAAGUUUUUACGCCGAUUGUCAUUUACAAACUACAAUUUCUGGGGUUGAUGUGA